UCACCCCUUCUUAGUGGCUCACAUUCGAACCUGUUCGAGACCUUGAACCCCCUUGACCGCCAACAGAUCAUCUAGUACCGGAGGCUAUAAUAGGGCCACCACACUCCCUUUUCAGACACACGUCUGCACUCUGCCCAUCUUGCUGCCAACAUACUCAUAUCGACUGGAAAACACAGCAACACACCCUACUAUGAAGUUUGGCAGAAAUCUCCCACGUAACCAGGUCCCCGAGUGGGCAGCCUUCUACAUCAACUACAAAGGCCUAAAGAAGCUGAUCAACUCUGCGCAAGAAGCGGCCAAGAAUGGAGAGCCGGUAGAUUUGGCAGAGUUCUUCUUCGCCUUGGACCGAAACCUUGAAGACGUCGACUCUUUCUACAACAAGAAGUAUGCCGAGGCCUACCGGCGGCUUAAGGUGCUGCAGGAUCGCUAUGGCGGGACCCCCGAGAUUGUCGCCAACCUCGAUGAUGACGAGGUUGAGGAGCUAAUGGGAGCCCUUCUCGAGCUGCGAAGUCAGUUUCGGAAGCUGCAAUGGUUCGGCGAAAUCAACCGUCGUGGGUUUGUCAAAAUCACAAAGAAGCUGGACAAGAAGGUCCCCAACACAACAAGCACCCAGCACAACUACAUUUCCACAAAGGUCGAUCUAUUACCGUUCGCCAAUGAUACCGCCAUCAGCCGCCUUUUGACCGAGAUCAACAAGUGGCUGUCAAAGCUGGGAGAUGCGCAGAACAUCGAUGAUGCCAAAUCCGAGAGAUCGACACUCUCGCUGGGCCGUGCUUCUGCAAAGGCUAUGCUUAACGUACCGAGUGCGCUUCUCGACAGGUUGGAGCAUGCCAUUCGUAAAGACGACGUCGCGGCUUUGGAAAACGGUUUGAAGGAAGGAAAUCUAGCGGACUCCGAGGGCCCAUCACCGUCACAACAGCCCUUGCUGCUUAACCUACUCCAGCGAUCUAUUUCCUCCCGUUCCAGAGACUGCAUCGUUUUCCUUCUCAAGCAAGUCAAAUCACUGGACGAGCCCAACGACAUCAACGAGCGCAACUGCAUUCACAGACUUGUCAUUCACAUUGGUCGCACAAAAACGGCUUCACUUAUCAGUAGUGAGCCAGAGGCCGAAUCGUACCCCUUCCCGCGCACCGGGGUUCACUACGCGCAGCCCUACCUCACCCCAGCUACAUCGCCCUUGUCAGCACCGCGUGGGACGACCCUAAAGGAGUCGAAACUCCUCGGCCACGACGAUGAAGCGAUCCAGCUGCUCAAGUACCUACUAGAAAAUCUGAGGCCAGACCAGAGAGUGGCUCUGAUUGCCAAAGACGCAUUCGGCCGUAUACCGCUCCACUAUGCCGCCCAGUUCGGCUUCGUCGUCGUCUGCCAGAUCAUCAUGCGCAAGAUGCAGGACUGGGGACAGUUCAACGUCGAGAACGGCAUCGACGCCCCCGAAUGGCAGGACAAGGAUGGAAACGCGCCGCUGCACUUGAGCGUCAUCGGCGGCCACCCGCUGACCACCAAAGCGCUGCUGCAAGGAGAGAACUGGAAGGGGGUUAAUGACCACCAAGCCGAAAUGAGGCGUGCCAUCUCCAAGUCGAGCGCGGUGCUGGCUCUCGCGACCAAGGCCAACUCCAAGGAUAUCGUCGAGCUGCUGGUCAAUGCGGGAGUCGAUAUCAACUGGCAGGACAACAGCGGCGAGACGGCCUUGCACGUUGCCGCCAGGUUUGGCCACGACGAGUGCGCCAGGGUGUUGCUCAAGGGUACGGAGCAGCAGAAGGCCAACCUGGAGUUGGCCGAGAAGAAUUUUGCGUGGACCCCGCUGCACAUUGCGGCUGUUGAUGGCCAUCUCGGUGUCGCCCAGCUGCUUGUGGAUGCCGGUGCGGAUGUGGACAAAUUGGAUUCGUCUGGUUGGACGGCGAAGGAGCAUGCGGCGCUGAGAGGCCAUUGCGAGAUUGCACGGCUCCUGUCUGCUCAUAGUCAGGCCCCAGAGGAUGUGGGAGGUAGCAGCUCCGACGGCGACGAUGAAAAGUCAUCAACGACCACACCGUAUCCUGAGACCGAGAACGCCCUGGCUGCAUCUCUGGGAGAUAGACGGUCCAACGCCCCCGGAACGUCGCGUCCUGCUGAGCCUGUCAAGACCUUCGGCCACAGGUACCUCAAGAAUGAGAGCCUCGUGCUGGUCAGUCUGGGUUCGAUGGAUAUGCGCAAGGGAAUUGAGGCGAUUAAGCUGGACAAGGUGCCGCUUGCUGAAGCCCACACGACACAGCUGGAUACGGCUCUGUCGGUUGUCGUGUCUGCCCAAGGUGCGCAGGGCGACCCGACCAUGAUCGACCUGCCUGUUCACGAGAACAUCUCUACCGAGCCUAUCCUCUUCACCACCAGGGAUGCCUCCAAUGUUAGACUCUUCUUCGAUAUCGUGCCGACAUACUCGGGCAACGAGAAGAACAAGGUCGGCCGAGGUGUUGCUCUCCUUUCCAGUGUCCGCCCCACCGUCGGCACCAAGAGGAUGAACCUGCAAGGUGACAUCUCGGUGCCGAUUAUGGGCAGCAACUUUGAAGUUAUCGGGACAGUCAACUUCAACUUUUUGGUCAUCACUCCUUUCUCGCACCCCAAGAUGGAAGUAACCUCGCAGCAGACAUACUGGAAGAAGCUGGACUCUACCAUGGUUAUUGGCCACCGCGGCCUCGGCAAGAACGUUGUAGCCAACAAGUCCCUCCAGCUCGGCGAGAACACGAUCCCAUCGUUCAUUGCCGCCGCUAACCUCGGCGCUCAAUACGUCGAGUUCGACGUGCAACUCACCAAGGACCACGUCCCCGUCAUCUACCACGACUUCCUCGUCAGCGAGACAGGUUUCGACGCACCCGUGCACACCCUCACUCUCGAACAAUUCCUCCACAUCAACCCCGACUCCUACCGCUCGGGUCACCCCCAUCACCACGGCCACCACGCACCUGCUGCCCAACAAGCUCAGCAUAGGCAGCUGAAGAAGUUCCGCAGCAACAGCCCCGGCCCUCGCCAGCGGUCCAUGUCGAUGGAUUUACUACCCGGAGACGGUAAAGACCUGAUGGAAGAGCGGAUGAAGCACACGCGCGACUUCAAGGAAAAGGGCUACAAGGGCAACUCCCGGGGGAACUUCAUCCAGGCGCCCUUCGCGACGCUCGAGGACCUGUUCCGCAAGCUGCCCGAGAGCGUGGGGUUCAACAUCGAGAUGAAGUACCCGAUGCUGCACGAGAGCGAGGAGCACGAGAUGGACACGUAUGCGGUCGAGCUCAACUCGUUCUGCGACACGGUCCUGCAGAAGGUGUACGACAUGGCGGGGCAGCGGCACAUUAUCUUUUCGAGCUUCAACCCGGAUAUUUGUCUCUGUUUGAGCUUCAAGCAGCCCAAUAUUCCGAUUUUGUUCUUGACGGAUGCGGGCACGUGUCCUGUCGGUGAUAUCAGGGCGAGCAGUUUGCAGGAGGCCAUCCGGUUUGCGAGCAGGUGGAAUCUGCUGGGUAUUGUGAGCAACGCCGAGCCGCUGAUCAAUAGUCCGCGGUUGGUGAGGGUGGUUAAGCAGAGCGGGUUGGUUUGUGUCAGUUAUGGGACGCAGAAUAAUGACCCGAGCUUGGUGCAGGUAAGUUUUAUCUCCCCUUCUCCUUUCUUUUUGUUUUAUCAUCAUCAUUAUCGGAAUCAAGCUAAUCAACUUUCCUUCUACCUACAGAAACAAGUCAAGGAGGGCAUCGACGCCGUCAUUGUCGACAGUGUCCUGGCUAUUCGUAAGGGAUUAACCAGGGACAGAGGCAACGUUAGUGGCGGCGGCGGCAGUAAUGGCAAAGAGCUCCAGGAGAGGGUGAGAGAGGUGGAGGAGGCCAUCAAGAAGGAGCGAAUCGAGGAAGAGGGCUCGUCUGCUGAGGGAAGCGCCAAUGGGGAUAGUAACGGUACCAUGAGCGGGACGAGUACUAAGGAGAUCGAGGAGACCUUGCGGGCUUUGAGGACAUAGACGGGAGGAUACACUUUUACCUAGAAUAGCGAUGGGCACAUUUGAGGAGGGGAAGCGUUGGCUUGGGACAUGAUACACUUUGCAGAGCUGGACAGAUUAGACACAUGCUCAACGAUGGUUUAUGACAUUGCAACGGUCAAGCAAGGAGUCGUUCAUUGAAAUA